AAAUGAAACAAGCCUUUGAUCUGUUUGACAAAAACAACGACGGGAAAAUCUCCUGCGACGAACUCGGAGGCGUGCUGCAUACACUCGGGCACGACUAUUCUCAAGAUGAAGUGGAGGACAUGAUUAAACAUGCAGACAUCAAUGAGAAUGGAUUUGUGGAGUAUGAUGAGUUCCUCACCCUCAUGAAGAAAUGGUCCACAAAGGGAGCUGAGCCUGUAGCAGAGGCUUCCACUGAUGAAGAGGACAAAACUAAAGAAACCUUCAAGGUAUUUGACAUGGAUGGCAAUGGAUACAUAGACCAACAUGAGCUCAAGUACAUCAUGAAGAGGCUGGGAGAGAACCUAGAAGAGGAAGAUGUCAAAGAAAUGUUCCAACUUGCUGACUUGAAUGGUGAUGGUUUAAUAGAUUAUGAAGAAUUCCAGAAACUUCUGGGUGGCCUUGAAGGUGGUCUCAGAAAGGCUGGUGGCAAGCAAGCGCCAUCUUCAUCAUCUGCAACAUCAUCAUCUUCCUCGACAACAUCCAGUAAACAGACACCAAAAUCUUCUAAAUCUUCUUCCAAAGAGGGCAAGAAGAAAUAA